GCCCCGGCGCAACGCUUCACACCGGCCGGAUAGGGAUCGAGACUCGGACUCCUCCCUCCUCGUACAGUCGUAGUGAGUGAGGGGCUGGGGGCCGGAGAGAUGGAGCAGUUCGUGGGCACGGCGGAGGGCGGCGGGCUCGGCGGGGAGGCGCUCUACUGCGCGGUCAUCCUGUGGCUGUCGGUGGUGUCGUGGCUCAUCUUCUCCUGGGUCGGCGGGGAGGACGGCGGCGGGGGCCGCGGCGGGAGGAGGCGCCGGGGGGGCGGCAGCCGCGGGAGCCCCGUGUUCGUGGGCGCCGCGGGGAUCUGCGACGGCACCGGCCCCGGCUGCAGCGGCGGCUACGGCAUCUGCGGAACCUGCCUCGACUAGCCAGCCUCUCUCCUUCGCGCCGAGCGAGCGUGUACAUGUCGCCACCGAUCGACGCUGUGCUGUGUGUCGUGGCGUCGAUCGACUUGGCGUGGCUCCGGAGGAGAGAAAGGGAGGGCUCCCCUCUGUGAAGGCCAUAAGAGGGAGAUCCACCACCAGUCUGUUUAAUUUCCAUCUUGCUUCGGUUGCAGAAGCUGAGUUCUUAGCUUGCUUUUUUUUUUACGUUUCCUUCCUCUAUCUGCUUGAUCCUCUGUGUAAAUAUCUCCAUAUUCCGUUUGUCUCCAGUUUAAUUAAGCUGCAAAAGUACCUGUCAAUUACAUGUCUUCAAUAGUCCUA